AAAAAUCUAAAGAGAAAAGAUCCUGUGCUUCUCCAUCCACCAUUACUAUACAUACAUACCCAUAAAACCUAACUUUUUAAUUUUAUUUUAAUUGCCACCUCAGCAAUCGCCGGCAAUGAAUCUCACCUGACCACUUAGAUCACUGCCGUACGUUCCAAGAGAUAAUUUCAACAAGGAUUUUUGGUUAAACACAAUGUCUUUCCAUGACAAGGGAUUUUGGAUGGGGAAAGGGAAUGAUCAUAUAACUGAGGGGGAUGCCCUAUUUAGUAACUCAUCCAGAGUAGAAUCAAAACGAUCCCACCAAUGGUUUGCCGAUGCAACUGAAGCCGAGUUGUUCCCUAACAAAAGACAAGCCUUGGAAUCUCCAAAUGGCAAAUCAAUUUCUGGAGUUCCAACAUCUCAUUUAUCUUGGGACAGUGUUUCUCCUCUCCAGUCUUCCGCAAAUCAGUUUAUUGAACGCCUAUUGGGAUCUCCUGUUCAGAUUGAUAAUGGACACGUGAAUAAAAAGAUAGGCGAUGAUCAAAUUGGUAACAGGUCUUCAGUUUCUUUAUCUAUGUCUUAUACUCUAGAAGACCCUGAUACAUGUGUGAACUAUGGUGGAAUUCGUAAAAUUAAAGUUAAUCAGGUUAAAGAGACUGAUAGUAGUGUGAGUGCAUUAAACGAGACCAAUUUCAUGUCAAUGGGGCCUAACUAUGGCAAUGAUGAUGGAAAUGUAACUUUAAUGGGUCAUUCUUAUAGUGGAUAUGACCCUACACACAGGCCAGCAGGUUCUACCGAUGGUAAAGACGAUGAAAAUUCCAUAUCAAUUGCCAAUGCCAUAUCUUUUGAUGGUUUUCAGGAUGAACCUGAGAUUGAGCCAUUAGCAAGGCCAGUUAAUGGUUAUUAUGUGAAACCCAUGAACAACUUAUCAUUUGAUCAAUCUACAGUCAAGACAUUGCAGUCUUCUGAGAUUAAGGAGUUGGAUGCAUCCAAUGCAGUUGUGGUUAGAAAUGCACCUCUCGGGGCCAAAUCAAAGAGUAAAUCAGAACCAAAACCAGCUAAAAAGGAAGCCCCUAAUAGUUUCCCUUCAAAUGUUAGAAGUUUGAUGGCUACUGGUAUACUUGAUGGCGUCCCUGUCAAAUAUGUUUCAACUUCAAGGGAGGAACUCGGAGGAAUUAUAAAAGGGUCUGGCUACUUGUGUGGCUGUCAAUCAUGUAAUCACUCUAAGUCAUUAAAUGCUUACGAGUUUGAGCGUCAUGCUGGUUGCAAAACAAAGCACCCAAAUAAUCACAUAUACUUCGAGAGCGGGAAGACAAUAUAUCAAAUAGUCCAAGAGUUGAGGAACACCUCUGAGAAUUUAUUAUUUGAUUCAAUUCAGACUGUAACUGGUUCCCCAAUUAAUCAGAAAGCAUUCCGCAGUUGGAAAGCAUCUUUCCAAGCAGCUACUCGUGAACUUCAACGGAUUUAUGGGAAGGAUGAACUGAAUAUAUAGCAACAAUUUUUGGUAAUAGGUUUAUGUUAAGUAUAAGAUUGUCUUUUCGGUGUGCUUAAUGCUUUGCUAAAGGAAGAUUGUCUUUUCGGUGUACAUGAUUGUGUAUAGGAUUGUGAUAGGAUCUGAUAUUCAAAUACUAAAUCUUCAUAUAAAGAGUGUUGAUCAA